UUGGCGGGGCCUUUGUUUCUAGCUGCGGCGGGAGCUCCAGGUCUCGUCUUCACUGCUCUGUGUCUUCUGCUUUUAGGGGCGCAGCCUCUGUGGCCCUGUGACCUGCCCCCUGGAAGCCUAGAAAUGGGACUGUUGACAUUUAGGGAUGUGGCCAUAGAAUUCUCUCUGGAGGAGUGGCAGUGCCUGGACACUGCACAGAAGAAUUUAUAUAGGAAUGUGAUGCUAGAGAACUACAGAAACCUGGCCUUCCUAGGUAUUGCUGUCUCUAAGCCAGACCUCAUCAUCUGUCUGGAGAAAGAAAAAGAGCCCUGGAAUAUGAAGCGACAUGAGAUGGUGGAUGAACCCCCAGAUAUAUGUCCUCAUUUUGCUCAAGACAUUUGGCCAGAGCAGGGCAUGGAAGAUUCCUUUCAAAAAGUAAUACUAAGAAGAUUUGAAAAACGUGGACAUGAGAAUUUACAGUUAAGAAAAGGUUGUAAAAGUGUGGAUGAGUGUAAGGUACACAAACAAGGUUAUAAUGGACUUAACCAGUGUUUCACAACUACCCAGGGCAAAGCAUCUCAAUGUAGUAAAUAUUUGAAAGUCUUUUAUAAAUUUAUAAAUUUAAACAGACAUAAGAUAAGGCAUACUAGAAAGAAACCUUUCAAAUGUAAAAAUUGUGUCAAAUCAUUUUGCAUGCUUUCACACAAAACCCAGCAUAAAAGCAUAUAUACUACAGAGAAGUCCUACAAAUGUAAAGAAUGUGGAAAAACCUUUAAUUGGUCCUCAACCCUUACUAAUCAUAAGAAAACUCAUACUGAAGAAAAGCCCUACAAAUGUGAAGAAUAUGGCAAAGCUUUUAAUCAAUCCUCAAAUUAUACUGUACAUAAGAUAACUCAUACUGGAGAGAAACCUUACAAGUGUGAAGAAUGUGGCAAAACAUUUAGCCAACCCUCAAUGCUAACCAUACACAAGAGGAUACACACUGGAGAGAAACCCUGCAAAUGUGAAGAAUGUGGCAAAGCAUUUAGCCAACCCUCAGCACUAACCAUACAUAAGAGGAUGCACAUUGGAGAGAAACGCUACAAAUGUGAAGAAUGUGCCAAAGCUUUUAGCCAAUUCGGACACCUUACUACACAUAGGAUAAUUCAUACUGGAGAGAAACCCUACAAAUGUGAAGAAUGUGGCAAAGCAUUUAUAUGGCCCUCAACCCUAACUAAACAUAAGAGGAUUCACACUGGAGAGAAACCCUACAAAUGUGAAGAAUGUGGCAAAGCUUUUCAUCGAUCCUCAAAUCUUACUAAACAUAAGAUAAUUCAUACUGGAGAGAAACCUUACAAGUGUGAAGAAUGUGGCAAAGCAUUUAUAUGGUCCUCAAACCUUACUGAACAUAAGAAAAUUCAUACUAGAGAGAAACCCUACAAAUGUGAAGACUGUGGUAAAGCAUUUAGCCGAUCCUCAGCCCUAACUACACAUAAGAGGAUGCACACUGGAGAGAAACCCUACAAAUGUGAAGAAUGUGGCAAAGCUUUUCAUCGAUCCUCAAAUCUUACUAAACAUAAGAUAAUUCAUACUGGAGAGAAACCUUACAAGUGUGAAGAAUGUGGCAAAGCAUUUAUAUGGUCCUCAAACCUUACUGAACAUAAGAAAAUUCAUACUAGAGAGAAACCCUACAAAUGUGAAGACUGUGGUAAAGCAUUUAGCCGAUCCUCAGCCCUAACUACACAUAAGAGGAUGCACACUGGAGAGAAACCCUACAAAUGUGAAGAAUGUGGCAAAGCUUUUAGCCAAUCCUCAAGCCUUACUGCACAUAAGAUAAUUCAUACUGGAGAGAAACCCUACAAAUGUGAAGAAUGUGGCAAGGCAUUUAUAUUGUCCUCAACCCUAUCUAAACAUAAGAGGAUUCACACUGGAGAGAAACCCUACAAAUGUGAAGAAUGUGGCAAAGCUUUUAAUCAAUCCUCAAAUCUUAGUACACAUAAGAUAAUUCAUACUGGAGAGAAACCUUACAAGUGUGAAGAAUGUGGCAAAGCAUUUAAUCGAUCCUCAAAUCUUAGUAUGCAUAAGAUAACUCAUACUGGAGAGAAACCUUACAAGUGUGACGAAUGUGGCAAAUCAUUUAUCUGGUCCUCAACCCUUUUUAAGCAUUAGAUAAUUCACACUGGAGAGAAACCUUACAUGUGUGAAGAAUGUGGGAAAGCUUUUAAUUGAUUCUCAAAUCUUACUACACAUAAGAUAAUUCAUACUGGAAAUAAACCCUACAAAUGUGAAGAAUGUGGCAAAGUAUGGUCCUCACCCCUAAGUAGACAUAAGAGGAUGCACACUGGAGAGAAACCUUACAAAUGUGAGGAAUGUGGCAAAGCCUUUAAAUGAUCCUCAACCUUUAUUAAACAUAAGGUAAUUCAUACUGGAGUAAAACUCUACAAAUGUGAAGAAUGUGGCAAAGUAUUUUUCUGGUCCUCAGCCCUAACUAAACAUAAGAAAAUUCAUACGGGAGAGAAGUCCUACAAAUGUAAAGAAUGUGGAAAAACCUUUAAUUGGUCCUCAACCCUUACUAAUCAUAGGAAAAUUUAUACUGAAGAGAAACCUUACAAAUGUGAAGAAUAUAGCAAAUCUCCUAAGCAACUCUCAACCCUUACUACACAUGAAAUAAUUCAUGCUGGAGAGAAACUCUACAAAUGUGAAGAAUGUGGUGAAGCUUUUAAUCGAUCCUCAAAUCUUACUACACAUAAGACAAUUCAUACUGGAGAGAAACCUUACAAGUGUGAAGAAUGUGGCAAAGUAUUUGUCUGGUCCUCAACCCUUACUGAGCAUAAGAAAAUUCAUACUAGAAAGAAACCCUACAAGUGUGAAGAAUGUGGCAAAGCAUUUAUAUGGUCCUCAACCCUAACUAGACAUAAGAGGAUGCACACUGGAGAGAAACCCUACAAAUGUGAAGAAUGUGACAAAGCUUUUAGCCAAUCCUCAACCCUUAAUACACAUAAGACAAUUCAUACUGGAGAGAAACGCUACAAAUGUUUAGAAUGUGGCAAAGCUUUUAAGCAACUCUCAACUCUUACUACCCAUAAAAUAAUUCAUGUUGGAGAGAAACUCUACAAAUGUGAAGAAUGUGGCAAAGGUUUUAAUCGAUCUUCAAAUCUUACUACACAUAAGGUAAUUCAUACUGGAGAGAAACCUUACAAGUGUGAAGAAUGUGGCAAAGCAUUUAUCUGGUCCUCAACCCUUACUAAACAUAAGAGAAUUCAUACUAGAGAGAAACCCUACAAAUGUGAAGAGUGUGGCAAGGCAUUUAUAUGGUCCUCAACCCUAACUAGACAUAAGAGGAUGCACACUGGAGAGAAACCCUACAAAUGUGAAGAAUGUGGCAAAGCUUUUAGCCAAUCCUCAACCCUUACUACACAUAAGAUAAUUCAUACUGGAGAGAAACCCUACAAAUGUGAAGAAUGUGGCAAAGCCUUUAACUGGUCCUCAACUCUUACUAAACAUAAGAUAAUUCAUACUGAAGAGAAACCCUACAAAUGUGAAAAAUGUGGCAAAGCCUUUAAGCAGUCUUCAAUCCUUACUAACCAUAAGAGAAUUCAUACUGGAGAGAAACCCUAUAAAUGUGAAGAAUGUGGCAAAUCUUUUAACCGGUCUUCAACUUUUACUAAACAUAAGGUAAUUCAUACUGGAGUAAAACCCUACAAAUGUGAAGAAUGUGGCAAAGCAUUUUUCUGGUCCUCAACCCUAACUAAACAUAAGAGAAUUCAUACUGGAGAGCAACCCUACAAAUGGGAAAAAUUUGGCAAAGCCUUUAACCGGUCCUCACACCUCACCACAGAUAAGAUAACUCAUUGGAGAGAAAUCUUACAAGUAUGAAUAAUGUGCCAAAGCCAAAAAAAGCCCUCAAUUCUUAAUAGAUAUAAGAUUAUUCAUACUGGAGAGAAACUACAAACGUGAGAGAGGCGCUAAUGCUUUUGACAGUACCUCAAACUUUAAAGAAAAUCAUUCAGCUGAAAAAUCCUAGAAAUGUGAAGAAUGUGAAAAAGCCUUUAAAUGAUUGUCACUCUUGAUUUUAGGUAAGAUAAUUCAUACUGGAGAAAACUACCAGUGUGAACAAUGUGGCCAAGCUUCGACAAUGCUCACAUCUUAUUGCACAGGAAAGCAUUCAUACUUGAGAACAAAUGUACAAAUAUAGGCAAAGUAAAAAAGCCAUUAAUACCUGCUCACAUCUUACUCAAAAUCGUAGCGUUCAUAGUAAAUAAAAGCAUUAAAAGUCUAAUUACUCUCAGAAGAUCUAUCAGAAGAUAUGUCUUUAAAGUAUAGAAGAGCAUUUAUUUUGAAAAAGCAUUACACAUAUGAAGAGGAUUGUAAUAUCUUGUACCACAGAUUUUAUUGUAUACAUUUUAUACUAGAGAAAAACCCUCAGGCAGUUGUUAAAAUUUUGUUGAACAUCAGGGAGUUUAUAUUGAAGAAAACCCUGCAAGUGUAAUGAAUUUGGAACAACAUUUUUUCAAGAAUAUGAAGUAUAAAACACCAAAGUGUUCAUACUAAAAUAUAUUUUUGCAGAUACAUCAAAUAUGAAAGAUAUUCAAUCCAAAAUUAGGUCCAUGUAAAUAUCAGGGAAUAGUUCACAGUAGAAAUAUCUAGGGCCACUCAAGCUUUAGACAUUACAGUAAAUCAGAGUGCUGAGUAUGGAAAAUAAUACAAACUAAAAUUUUUCUAAACAUUUGUGUACAACUUCAAAAAGUAGAAUAUUUUUGGGAGGGUUAUAACUGCAUUCAAAGUACUUUUUUUUUGAAAAUACAGAUUUUUUUAAAAAUGAAUAAUGUGUUCAACUCAUGCUGUUUCAUCAUUCCUGGUGUAUUCACAUGUGAAAGCAUGUGACUAAUUGUUGCUGCACAAAAGAUAUGAGAUUCUUUUUUAUUAGGUAGGCAUUAUUUAUGACCUUUUCUAUGAAAAGAUACGGACAUAAAAAUGUAAGAUGCAUGAGGAAAAUUUAGGUAGGCUUUUUGUGGUUAACUUAUAAUAUUGAGUGAUGCAUGAGGUAGGUGUUCAGAAUAAUAUUUCUCUGCAUUAUGAAUGAAAAACAUUCUUUAGUUAAAAUUAAGUUAGCCAUAUGUUAUUUUAUUAAUUGUACUUCUAUGGAAUAACAUGCAGUCUAUUUUUAAAUUAUAAAUUAUGUGUGAACUUAGCUUUUCAAUUAAACAUUUUUAACAUGUUAAAUACUA